AUGGGUGAUCCUCGCUAUCCUCUGCACAUCAAGAUUAUUGGAAUACUGUACAAGGACAACUGCAAAUUGUACAUGGCAUCAGUGAUCUGGUCUGAUCAGUCUGAAGUGAUAGUCUACAGAUCUCUCCGGGACUUCAAGCAGCUUCAUACGCAACUGAAGAAAAGAUUUCCAGUGGACCUGUUUAGCAGCCAGGGCAGAGUGCUGCCCAGAUUUGGAGGUGGGAUCAAAACACUGAACUUCCAGAAGAAAACUCCGGCUCAGUGUGUGCAUCGUGUAAAGGCUUUGGAGCGCUACUGCACUGAGCUGCUGAGCUGUGAGCCGAACAUCUCUCAGUGCACCGACCUGAUCCGCUUCUUUGUGCCCAACGAACAAGAGCUGCAUCCAGAGUUUGUGCACAACAGUGUGAUUAUUUUUCAGCCUGAAAACAGGAAUAACAGUGAGCCAGGAGAGGACUUGAACAAUAAGUGCUAUGAUGUUGGAAACGUGUCCCAGCCGUUUGUCCCCAAACUUUACCGAUGUGUGGCGACGUAUGAGACCAAGGACACAAAGAACAGAAUGUUUAAGGUUGCUGUGGAUGAAACGCUGGAGGUGAUCAUUAAAGACCAAGCAGGAUGGUGGCUGGUGGAGAACGAGGCAAAGCAGCUAGCCUGGUUUCCUGCUCCAUACCUAGAGUUGUGUGAGAAUGAGGAGGAGAAUGAGAAUGAACUGGAUUCAGUGGAUAAUCAAACAAAUCUCUACUGUGCUACAAGAAACAUCUCUUCUGAAUCGAAGGAUGAGCUCUCAGUGACCAUCGGUGCUGUGGUGGAGGUGCUGCAGAAGUCUGACAACGGCUGGUGGCUCGCUAGUUAUAAAGGAAAUACAGGCUAUGUGCCCUCCAUAUUCCUUCAUCCACACACCAACCCUUUGUUCGGCCUUCAGAGAAAGCUGCACAGCUCCACCCUUAACCUGUCCACCUUACCUACAUGUCUGUCUCAUCCCAGCCACAACCCUCAAAAGUUUUACUCUUUGGAGAUCCUCUCUAAGCUUUCAGACCUCAGCAGUCCAGUCCAGCAUGAUGAAUCGAGUCGAAAGAGCAGCUUCAGUGACGACACCGACUUCAGCUCCUGCUCCUCCUACUCUCUGGGUCUGAGUCUGUGUUUUUCUGAUGAAGAUGAGCACCAAAGUCUAGCAGAGAAGCAUCCAGAACAUGACAGUGGCUUGGGUGGGAGGAUGCAGAGCCUUGCUGAUUCUCAAACAAGCAGAUCAGCCAAACUGUAUCCAAGAGUGCCACCUCGUCCGUGUACCCAGGAGAUCCUCAGUCGGUGCACCACCUACACCCGCAAAGCAGCCCUGGCAACACAAGCUCGUCUUUUUCCUGAGAAGAGUGAGCUUAAAGUCCAUUAA